GCCCGUCCCUCCCGCACCGCCGGGGGCCGGGCCGGGCGCAGGGGCGGUGCUGGCGGCCGGGAGGGACCGAGCCCGCCGAGCCGAGCCCCGCGGGCGGGACGCAGCCCGCAAGGAUGUCGCCGCUCCGCGUCUGCAUCGUCGGCUCGGGGAACUGGGGAUCAGCCAUAGCAAGAAUCAUUGGCAAAAAUGUCCAGAAGUCCAACAGAUUUGAUCCCACUGUCAAGAUGUGGGUGUUUGAAGAGAUCAUUAAUGGAAGAAAACUCUCAGAAAUCAUCAACCAGGAACAUGAAAAUGUUAAAUAUCUGCCUGGAUACAAGAUACCCCACAAUGUGGUGGCUGUACCAGAUGUGGCUGAAGCAGCAAAUGGAGCAGAUAUUUUAGUGUUUGUUCUGCCACAUCAAUUUAUUGGACGAAUCUGUGAGCAGAUUGCAGGGCAGAUAAAACCUGGGACAUUUGGGAUUUCCCUGAUCAAGGGGAUUGAUGAGGGUCCUGAUGGCCUGAAGCUCAUCUCUGACCUCAUUCGAGAGCAACUGAAAAUAGAGAUGAGUGUGCUGAUGGGGGCCAACAUAGCCAAAGAAGUGGCUGAUGAGAAGUUCUGUGAAACCACCAUUGGCUGCAAAAACAAAACACAAGGGGAAAUCUUCAAAGAAUUAAUGCAGACCCCCAAUUUCAGGAUUACUGUGGUGCUCGACUCUGAUACAGUGGAGCUUUGUGGAGCCUUAAAAAACAUCGUGGCGGUGGGCGCGGGGUUCUGCGAUGGACUGAGCUUCGGCGACAACACCAAGGCAGCAGUGAUACGCCUGGGCCUCAUGGAGAUGGUGGCAUUUGCCAAGAUGUUCUGCAAGGAACCAGUGUCAAUAGCCACCUUUUUGGAAAGCUGUGGGGUUGCUGAUCUCAUCACCACCUGCUAUGGGGGACGCAACAGAAAAGUAGCGGAAGCCUUUGCUCGCACAGGAAAAUCCAUUGAGGAGCUGGAAAAUGAGAUGCUGAACGGACAAAAGCUGCAGGGUCCUCAGACCUCAGCUGAAGUCUACAAAAUUCUGAAACAGAAAAAUAUGGUCCAUAAGUUUCCAUUAUUUACAACCAUCUACAAGAUCUGCUAUGAGGGUCGAUCAAUCCAGGAUUUCAUCAUGUGCCUGCAGAACCACCCAGAGCACAUGUAGAGAUCCCUUCUCCUCACCUGGCUGAAUUCUCACCUUCCUGGGACUUCUGUCCAUGCAAUUGAAGUAGAGGAACAGGUUGUGUGGCACUUGCUGUAAAAGCAGCAAAGAAUGUAUUUCAUUCCCCUUGUCCUGGGGGUAAAAAAAAAAAAAAAAUCUGCCUUUAAUUUCAACAUUAUACCUAAGGAAUGGGAAAAAAUGUAAAACUUAACAGUAUUUGAUUUGAGUUAGUAAUGUGGGUAUUUCCCUGUAUUUUCUUGUUGACUGAAAACAGUUCCCCUUGUAAUUUCUACAACCGAGCUAAAUAGCUCACAUAAAACACAACAUUUUGCCUACAGCUAUUUACAGAAUGGCAUAGAAUGUAGAAAAAUCAAAUAACUCAUUCAAACAGAUAAAUUAUAGUUUAAAAAAUUCCAAAAGCAGUUAGAUGCAAUCACAUGGGCAAAUGCUGGAUUUCCAUAAUUCCCCUGAAACACAAAUAACAUUUUGUAUCUUGGGACAUUCAGGCCUUCCUUGAUUUUUGUUUCCCAGUAUAAGCUCCUUUGGAAAAAUAGGUACUAUUUCUGUGCACAGACACACCUGAAUGUUCAUCAGUUUAAGGGGUGGGGAAAGGAGAAGGGGUUUGGGAUGGGCAUAUUGUUUGUUUCAAAUCUGGGACACUAGGAAUCCCCAGUAGUAAUCUGACCUUGAUUAAAUAUACUGCAUUUCUUUAAAAUACAGAAAAAAAAAAUCUGGAAUAAUGAAAGGAAAUUUUGUUAGCAUCAGAUUUUCUCAGCAAGUCCUCAUCAUUAACUGCUACCAGCUGAAAGGGGAAAUGGAGGCAGGGAUUUGUACCCAGGGCUCAGCUUGCAGAGCUUGUGUACUUGCUGAUAUUUUGAGGGGGCAGUAACAGUGACAAACCCUCUGUGAUACUUGACUUUUUAUACGUGUAUGGAAAGGACCGCUCCAGACGCACAGACCUCCUGUAACUGGCAUUUCACACCGGGCUGCAUUUCAGCUGCACUGGGAAACUGCACUGCUGUGACACCAGUGCAGCUCCCUGCACCUUUCCAGACUGCACAGGCGUGUCCUGAUCCUGCUCAAGCAGCACAUCUGACACUCCAGGAGAAAGUUCUCCAUCUGCUUCUGAAUUUUACACACAAACUGGGUUCAAGACCAAGGGUUUUUUUUAUUGUGCUACCAGUGGCGUAAAUUUUAGAAACAUUGAUGUUUUUAAACCUUAUAGCUGUACUUGGGUAACUUUACAUACCUGAUGUUUUUCAGAGUUAAAAUCACCUACAAAAUGAACAGUGGCGCAUUUUAUAAGCUUUAAUCCCCUUUUGAAAUACUCCUAUUUUGAGAGAAGGCAAACAAAAAGGAAGAGUAACCUACUUUUGCUGUGCUUUAUCAGAUUUUCUGAAAUAGCAGAGAGGAAGGGAAGUUUUUUAAACCUAUGUACUCACUGUCAUAUUGCUUAGACAAAAAAAAUGAGCUAAUUAUAAAAUAAUUUCAACUCAUUUUAGAGGAAUGAUAGGUCUUUCACAUCUACCAGAGUAAUAUAUAUAUAUAAUAAUGUAUUGUAAUUAGAAAUAUAUUGUAAAAAUCUCAGCCUCACAGCUAGCAAAGCUAGCUCGGGUACCAAAAGCAGUGGCUGCAGCAUCCCUGAUCCUGCUGAACAGCAGCAAGGGCAGCUCAGCUCCUCCUGCUCUGCCUCCAGUCACUCCCAACAACUCGGGGCUCUGCAGAGCAACACCAACAUUCCUGCCACUGAAACGGGAAUCACGUGGCCAAAUCCUUCACACAAAGCAGGGAAUUUAUGAUCUUCAAUUUCAAGUGGAAAAAUACUUACACGUUGCACAGGUUUGAAGUAUCAAACACAUGAGGAUGGGAUAGAGAAUUCAGGAACCUCCUUCCUUCACCAUCAGGCUGAAUUUCUGAUAAGUCAUGUAUGAACUAAUAAUAACAUAGAAUAUUUUACAUUCAAAGUGUAUCAAAUAACAGUUUAAUAAAGUGAUCAAUAUGCAGACUUGAUGUAAUUUAAUUUUUCAACAUUCUCAUAAAAUAAAUGACUGUUGUAAUAGUG